AAGAGGGAGAUGGUGUAAAUCUGCUCGCUACAACAAUAAUAAUGGCUCGUCAUCACUAAUCCUCAAGACAAAUACACAAACAUAACCUCUUAGCUUGUGCCUCGUGUCUUGUGGUUCGCCAGAGAAGAUCAGAGAUCGAAGGCACCGUAACCACGCUCAAACAUCAAACCUUUUUUCAGAUUAAGUUCGCUUAGUUUAUUUUGCAUUUCAGCCUCUUGCAAUUGUACGAGUUUAUAGCUCUCAAUUUAUAUGUCAGAGCAGGAGGAAUCGUUCUCUGGUGCCUCGGCAAUUGAUGAGGCAGCAAAUGAAGAGAUAAAGAAGGAAGCAGGAAAGAGUAGAAAGGAACAGAGGGUUCCUUUACACAAGCUCUUCUCGUUUGCUGACUUCUAUGAUUGUGUCUUGAUGGCUAUUGGAUCCAUUGGGGCAUGUGUUCAUGGUGCCUCUGUGCCUGUCUUCUUUAUUUUCUUUGGAAAGAUGAUCAAUGUGGCUGGCUUAGCUUACCUUUAUCCCAAAGAAACUUCCCAUCGAGUUGCCAAGUACUCAUUGGAUUUUGUGUAUCUAAGUAUAGUAAUACUGUUUGCGUCUUGGACAGAGGUUGCUUGUUGGAUGCACACGGGCGAACGUCAGGCAGCGAAGAUGAGGAUGGCUUAUUUAAGAUCAAUGCUGAAUCAAGAUAUUACUUUAUUUGAUACAGAUGCAUCAACCGGAGAUGUUAUAUCUGCCAUUACAAGUGACAUUAUUGUUGUCCAAGAUGCACUAUCCGAGAAGGUAGGAAAUUUGAUGCAUUACAUAAGCAGAUUUGCAGCGGGGUUUGCCAUUGGAUUUGUGAAAGUGUGGCAGAUCAGUUUAGUGACACUUGGAAUUGUACCCUUAAUUGCACUUGCUGGAGGUGCUUAUGCAUAUGUCACAUUUGGGCUAGUUGCCAGAGUUCGCAAAGCCUAUGUAAAGGCUGGUGGGAUCGCUCAAGAGGUGAUAGCCAAUGUGAGAACAGUACAAGCAUUUUCAGGAGAAGAAAGGGCAGUGAGAUCAUACAGAGCGGCUCUCAUCAACACCUAUAGAAAUGGCUAUAAAGCAGGUUUGGCAAAGGGUCUGGGACUAGGCUCCAUGCAUUGCGUCCUUUUCCUCUCCUGGGCUCUGCUUGUUUGGUUCACUAGCAUCGUUGUUCACAAGAAUAUUGCCAAUGGCGGCGUCUCUUUCACUACGAUGCUCAACGUUGUUAUCUCUAGCCUAUCACUUGGGCAGGCAGCACCAGAUAUUUCUGCUUUUGUCCGAGCAAGGGCAGCUGCUUAUCCCAUCUUUGAGAUGAUAGAAAGAGACACAGUGAACAAGACCAGCUCCAAGUUUGGUCAAAGAUUGAGCAAAUUGGAGGGUAACAUCCAAUUUAAGGAUGUAUGUUUCAGUUAUCCUUCUCGUCCUGAUGUACCCAUCUUCAACAACCUCUGUCUUGAGAUUCCUUCUGGCAAAAUUGUAGCCCUUGUGGGAGGAAGUGGCUCCGGAAAGAGCACUAUAAUAUCGUUGAUUGAGCGCUUCUAUGAACCACUUUCUGGUCAAAUACUACUAGACGGGCACGAUAUUAGGGGACUUGAUCUCAGAUGGCUUAGACAGCAAAUUGGGCUAGUUAAUCAAGAACCUGCACUAUUUGCUACAAGCAUCAAGGAUAACAUACUGUAUGGAAAAGAUGAUGCAACGCUUGCUGAAAUAAAUUAUGCGGUGACGCUAUCAGAUGCUCAGACUUUCAUUAACAAUCUUCCGGAUGGAUUAGAUACAAAGGUUGGUGAAAGAGGGAUUCAACUAUCAGGUGGACAGAAGCAAAGGAUUGCAAUAUCUCGAGCUAUUGUCAAGAAUCCAUCAAUACUUUUAUUAGAUGAAGCAACGAGCGCUCUGGAUGCGGAGUCAGAGAAGAGUGUACAGGAGGCACUUGAUCGAGUGAUGGUUGGUAGAACAACCGUGAUAGUGGCACAUAGGCUUUCUACCAUUAAGAAUGCAGAUAUUAUCGCGGUUGUUCAGCAAGGAAAGAUUGUGGAAACUGGCAACCACGAGGAGCUCAUUUCUAACCCAAAUGGUGUAUAUGCAUCUCUUGUUGAAAUCCAGGAGUCAGCCUCUUUGCAACACCACCCUCGUGUGGAUUCUAGCAUGGGACAAACAUCCAGCGUUUCCCGUACAACAAGCUUUGGUGGUAGUUUUCAUUCGGAUAAAGAAUCUGUUGCCUAUUUUGGUUCUAAUGAAGGAGAAAGUAGUAUUAGAAACAACUCAAGCCAUGUCUCGAUAAGGAGACUAUAUUCCAUGGUUGGUCCUGACUGGUAUUAUGGAGUUUUUGGAACCUUGGGUGCAUUUAUUGCUGGUGCCCUGAUGCCACUUUUUGCUCUCGGAAUAACUCAUGCACUUGUAGCAUACUACAUGGACUGGAAUGCAACGCGUCGUGAAAUUAGGAAAAUAGCUUUCCUCUUCUGCGGGGCAGCAAUUUUAGCCGUUACUGCUUAUACCAUCGAACAUCUGUCUUUCGGAAUCAUGGGCGAGCGGCUUACCCUUCGUGUCAGAGAAACAAUGUUUUCUGCUGUUUUGAAAAAUGAAAUUGCCUGGUUUGAUGAUACUAGCAACACAAGUUCUAUGCUUUCAUCACGUUUAGAGGCUGAUGCGACUUUAUUAAGAACUAUUGUUGUUGAUCGAUCUACAAUUCUCUUUCAGAAUGUUGGUCUGAUUGUUACUUCAUUUAUUAUUGCCUUCAUUUUGAACUGGAGGGUUACGCUUGUUGUCUUGGCUACAUAUCCUUUGAUCGUCAGUGGUCACAUCAGUGAGAAACUUUUUAUGAAAGGCUUUGGUGGAAACCUGAGCAAAGCAUAUCUAAAAGCCAACAUGUUGGCGGGGGAGGCUGUGAGUAAUAUCCGUACUGUUGCAGCAUUUUGUUGUGAAGAAAAAGUCAUCCACCUUUAUGCUCAAGAGCUUGUUGAACCAUCCAAGCGUUCAUUCAAACGAGGCCAAAUUGCUGGCAUAUUCUAUGGCAUAUCCCAGUUCUUUAUUUUCUCUUCUUAUGGCCUUGCCUUAUGGUACGGAUCAGUUUUGAUGCAGAAGGAGCUUUCUAGCUUUAAAUCAGUUAUGAAGUCGUUCAUGGUUUUGAUCGUAACCGCACUGGCCAUGGGGGAGACUUUGGCAUUGGCACCAGAUAUGCUAAAAGGAAAUCAAAUGGCUGCAUCAGUAUUUGAAGUGAUGGAUAGAAGGACAGGAAUAAAGGGAGAUGUGGGAGAAGAGUUGCAUACAGUGGAAGGAACAAUUGAGCUAAAAAAUAUCCAUUUCCGAUACCCUUCAAGGCCAGAUGUGGUUGUUUUUAAUGAUUUCAAUAUGAGAGUUCCUUCAGGGAAGACUGUUGCCUUGGUGGGGCACAGUGGUUCCGGGAAAAGCUCCGUCAUCUCUCUUAUACUCAGAUUUUAUGAUCCAACAUCUGGAAGGGUGAUGAUUGAUGGAAAAGACAUAAGGAAUCUUAAUUUAAAAUCUGUUAGGAAACACAUUGGUUUUGUGCAACAAGAACCGGUACUUUUUGCAACAUCUAUUUAUGAGAAUAUUCUUUAUGGAAAGGAAGAAGCGUCCAAUUCAGAAGUAGUUGAAGCAGCUAAGCUUGCAAAUGCUCAUAACUUCAUAAGUGGUCUUCCUGAGGGAUACUCCACCAAAGUAGGGGAAAGAGGAGCUCAACUAUCUGGUGGUCAGAGACAAAGGAUAGCUAUUGCGAGGGCCAUAUUGAAGAAUCCUGCAAUCUUGUUGCUGGAUGAAGCCACGAGCGCACUAGAUGUGGAGUCAGAACGUGUAGUACAACAAGCUCUAGACAAAUUGAUGAACAACAGAACAACAAUUGUGGUGGCUCAUAGGCUAUCCACAAUAAGAAAUGCAUAUCAAAUCUCUGUUGUCGACGAUGGAAAAAUAGUUGAGCAAGGGACUCAUUCGAGUCUGAUACAGAACAAGAGUGGAGCAUAUUAUAAAUUAGUUAGCCUUCAACAACAACAUCAACAUUUACAUGAGCAACAAAACUAGUCAUUUGUCC